UAAUAUUAAUUGAUAUUAAUAAUAUUGAUACAAAGUGUCUAGGCUGUCGUUACGUUAUGUAUACUAUAUAUUAAAGUUAUAUCAUCAUGGACAGUUGAGUUUAUUUGUACAUACAAUCAUUAUUAUAUAGUGGCCUCCUAGGGAUGCUAGAAAUUAUAUUAACAUGUCAAAUACAGUGCAAAAAUACGUACAGGAUGCAAGAAAGUUGUACCAAGCAUUAAACGGAAUAUUUAUCCUUUAUAAGCCCACAAGUUCCAGCUUUUCACAAAUGAAAGCAACAGUGAUUUCUAAGUUAUGCAUAGAUCUAAAUAAUCAACGUGUGAGACCUCCAAUGCAACAUGUAGCUAUAGAAGGACCAACAAAUCAGUUUAUGAAAGUUGUUGUACGCGAGAGUUAUGCAGAUAAUCCAUUGGUAGUUGGACCUAGAUAUCAACCGAAUGACUUUAGAUUAUCAGCCACAAAAUUGACAGGCAUGGAUACUUCUGGUGUUAUGGUCUGUGGCAUUAAUGAUGGCAAUAAAUUGGCUUUUAAACUACGAAAUGCCAAGUGCACAAGGUUUUACAAAGUAAAAGGAAUAUUAGGUCAAGCAACAGAUAAUUAUUUUUAUACUGGAAAAAUAGUAGAAAAAUCUACCUAUAAGCAUGUGAAACAUGGUCACAUUGACAGAGUGUGUAGUUCAAUGCAAUCUUCUCACCAAAGAAAAAUGUUUGAAUUAUGUGGAAUAGAUAUGCAAAGUCAAGCUGCAUAUGAAUUGGCAGUAAAAGGUCUAUUACGACCAUCAGAUCCUAAUAUACCUAUGAUAUAUACAAUUAGGUGUGUACAUUUUUCUCCUCCAGAAUUUACAUUGGAAAUUGUUUGUAUAAAUGAGUACGAAAUGUACCUAAAAACCAUUGUUCAUGAUGUAGGAAUGCAACUUCGUAGUACAGCCACUUGUACUCAAAUACUUUGCAUUCAAGAUGGUUUAUUUACGUUAGACCAUGCACUCUUAACGAAACACUGGGAUCUGGUGUCUAUUCUGUCUAGUAUCUCAGUAAGUGACAAGAUUCUUGCAGAGAAUAAAGAUUUGUUAUAUCAGCAGAGUCCCACAUUAGUAGAAUACGAUUCUACAUCUAAAUUCAUACCAUUUAAAAAAGAUUAA